CGAGAGCAGGUUCAUGACUUGUGUUGUGAGUGCACCUGCAAACAAGUUCGCCUUGCAACUACUAGAAUUUACGACAUGACAAAUGCAUUAAAGUGAAAUUUCAUUAUUGUUUUGACUACGACCCAGGACGACAAAUCCGCCACUGUCAUGAGGUUCAGGUUUCGUCCUCAUUACUCACCUCACUCCCAUUCUUACCCAACUGAUCAUCGACGAAUCACGGAGUCUUCCGACUUGGAAGCAAAAUGGCCGAGGUUUACCGUAACCUUAGUUCUUGCUGCUGUUUCCGUGACCGCUUCUGUGUCCGUGUACUUGUUCAAGACGAAAACGAAAGCUUUGAAAUCCAAGCUUCGUAAGCUCGAGGCAUCUCUCAAGUCUUCCUUAGAGAAAUGCGCCUCUGAGAGGCAAGGUCGGAUUAGGGCACAGCAGGCCUUGAGAGAAGCACGAACACAGCCUAAAAGUGAAAACUUAGAGGUGAAUUACUAUCCCAUGACACCUAUUGGCAUCAUCCAAUCAUGCUUCUCUACAAGAAAUGGAACGCCAAGGCAACCAUUACUUGUACCUCUUGCUAGAGCAUCUUUGAUUUUCAAUACAACUCGUGUACCUCCAGCAUCACUCGAGGGUCUUUCGGAAUAUUCUCAUUGCUGGGUCAUAUAUGUAUUUCAUUUAAAUACAGAUCUUGAGAAGUUAUGGAAUGAUCCAUCUAAGUCAAAGUUCAAGGCAAAGGUGAGGGUUCCAAGAUUGCAAGGUGGAAGAAAGGGAGUGUUUGCCACACGAUCCCCACAUCGUCCUUGCCCCAUUGGACUGACAGUUGCAAAGGUGGAAGCCGUCCAGGGAAAUAUAGUUUUACUCUCUGGUGUGGACCUAGUUGAUGGAACUCCAGUGCUUGAUGUCAAGCCCUAUCUACCGUACUGUGACAGCAUUGUGGAAGCAAAAGUGCCGAAUUGGCUGAUGGAGGAUAACUUACUUGCAGUGGCUUCUGUAAGCUUCUCAGGACUUACUUCCGCCCUAGAAAAUUGCUGGAGAAUAGCUGGAAAGAGAUCACUUUAUGCAUCAGCAGGCGAAUUCCAAGGCUUGAUAAAGCAGGUUCUUUCAUGGGAUAUUCGGUCAGUUAGUCAACGGAAGAGACCUCAUGAUGCCAUCCCAAAGAAAGACAAUGAUGAACAGAAUGGUGACUCUUGUGACAUGGAUGAGAACCAAGAUGAAGCAGCUUGCACGCUUGAAAGAGAGCAGACUUCUCUAUAUUCCAAGGAAGUAAUUUAUCACCUUAUUUUGGAGGGACUGGAUAUCUCCUAUAGAAUUGAUGACAAUAGUAAUGUCAUCGUUGAAAAGGUGUCACCUUUUGCCGGCCUAAGCAAUGAUCGUAAUUUCGUAGCCAGGCUGCCAACAUCACCAGCAAUAGUUUCGCAAGGAAAUGAUUUAUUGAACCGUGAGCCACAUUUGUAAUGAAAUUGAGAUUGAGUGAGUACAAUUCAAGGUACAGAUCUUCAAGCAUUAGUGUCCAGUAUCUGUCUGAUGAUGCAAGCAUCAUUAGAGCAUUCACUCUUUCUGAUGUCCAGAGACAAUGAAACGAUGCUUUCAACUCCUAGCAACUGAUCCGGACGAUGACAUUCCGUUAAUUAGUGAACCUGUGCAAAACUGCAAACCAUGGCUACCAGAUACUCCCUCCGGGCUUGACCCCAAAAAAAAAUUCCUCUAGUCCUAUUUAUAAGACACUUUUUAAAAGUAAUUUUUAGUUUAAAAUACAGGUAUCUUGUAAUAAUUAUUUUUUUUUUAAUUUUACCCUUUCUUGAUUAA